CAUUAAUAAAAAAACUCGCAGCAUGCGUUGAAUUUUUUACGUAUUUCUUAGCUAGUGCCCAUGGCUAGUACACAAUUUUGGCAUUGUAUUGUUGGUUGCCUAUUAAACCAGAAUUCAUAACCUGACAUUUUUUUCGUUUCCGCCGGUUUCCACCAAAACAAGCUUGGUUUUUGUGUGAUUGACUGAUUGUUGCUUCUGUUUACCGAACAUAAAAAAACAGUAUUUUUCAAUACUAAAUUUCGUGUUUUCUUGAUUUGUAAUCAUGGUGUAUACCAGUGAACAAAAAGCCUUUUUGUUGGAAAGUUAUUUCCGAAAUGGACAGAAAGUGAACGGUGUUUGGAAAUAUUCAAUUCAACCGUGCCUGGAGGAGUUUCGAGAAGCUUUUCCUGAGGUUGUUAUCGUCUAUGAAGAAUUUAAAAACACCCUUCACCGAAAUGUGAACUUGUUUCGUGGAACUGCGUCCACCUCGCGUAAAGAAGGUAGUGGAAGACCAACUGAGCGAACAGAAGAAGUUAUUCAUGCUACACAGGAAAUUUUGGAGCAAGACCCAAAAACUUCGAUUAGACAUCUGUCUCAACAAGUUGAACUUUCUGUUGGUACUUGCCAUAAACUUUUACGAAAAGAUUUACAUGUGUACCCAUAUCGUGUCCAAUCUGUGCAAGAGUUACAACCUGUGGAUUUUCCUAGGAGAUUACAGUAUUGUCAGUGGUUUUUGGAUAACAUUGCAAAUAACAAUGAACUUUUGGAAAAAACUUUCUUUACGGACGAAGCAUGGUUUCACCUGUCUGGCUACACGAAUUCACAAAACAUGAGAAUUUGGGCAACAGAACAUCCUCAUGAAAUUGUGGAAGAACCUCUUCAUCCAGAAAAAAUAGGUGUUUGGGCAGCUAUCAGCAAAAGAAGAAUUGUCGGUCCAAUUUUUUUUCAAGGAACAUUAACUGCAGUUCGUUAUCGCGAAGAAAUUCUUACGCCUUUUAUCGAAGAACUUCACGAUGAUGAAUUACGAGAAGGUUUGUUUCAACAAGAUGGUGCAACAGCGCAUUGCACAGCAGAAACUUUAGACUUUCUGAGAACGUUUUUUGAUGACAGAAUAAUUAGCAGGAAUACAGCAAAUGAUUAUCCCCCAAGAUCAUGUGAUUUAACGCCUUGCGACUUUUAUCUUUGGCCACGCAUUAAAAAUUCAAUUUUUGUUACACCAAUUCCAACUAUUGAUGAAUUAAGACGACGCAUUCAACAGAAAAUUAAUGAAAUUAACGAAAAUCCACUUGAACUGACUAAUGUGUUAAACAGUGUUCGAAGGCGUUGUGUUAUGUGUGUUGAGCAACAAGGAAGACAUUUCCAACAGUUUUUAUAGUUAAUAAAUAAAUAUUUUUACGAAAA